CGGAAAGUAGAGAUUUUUUUUUAUAUUUUUAGGGUUUUUAUCUUCUCCCCCCUGACUUACGGAGUUGGUUCUCUUCCUUUGAAACAAAACAAGAGCCAUGAAGAAGAAGCUCCAAACUCGUUUUCCAGCGACAAGGAUUAAGAAAAUUAUGCAAACUGAUGAGGAUGUCGGGAAAAUAGCAAUGGCUGUACCACUUCUUGUCUCUAAAGCGUUGGAGCUGUUUUUACAAGACUUGUGUAAUCACACAUAUGAUGUAACUCUCAGCAGAGGCGCAAAAACACUCAACUCUGUUCAUUUGAAGCGGUGUGUGCACGCGUUUAAUGUCUUUGAUUUUCUAAGAGACAUUGUCAGUAAAGUUCCUGAUCUAGGUGGCUCAGAAGGUGAAGACCGACCAGCUACCAAAAGAAGGAAACUUGUUGAUGAAAGUAUUAGCAACGAUAAAGAUAUGAAGACAACUGACAUGGUAACUAGCCAGACUGAUUUUGCCAAACAUAGUGGCGGUGGCAGAGGACGUGGACAGGGUGGUGGAAGAAUGGGAACUGACCAGUCUCUGAAGUUUGAAGAUGAUUCACCCGAAGGUAGCAAGAGUCCAUCUCCUGAAAACUGGAGCCUUUCUCAUGAGGCUGCAACUUGGAAGAAAGCUGCCUCACACAAGAACAAUCACAGAAACACAGAGUUGAAAGUGAGGGACUUUGAUCUAAAUGUAGAACUAGAUGAGAACGGAGAGUUUGCUACAUCCCCGGAAAGAGGUCUAGAGGGAAGACCAGGUUGGCCGCUGUUUGGGAUCAAUGAUAUGAAAAUAGAUAGUGAUCAUCAACGAGAGGUUAGUGCUGAGGAGGAAGAUUAUGAUGAAGAAAGCAUAGAUCAAGACUGAAGUUUAGGGGUUUGUUUUCAGGUUAGGGUGAAAUUAGUGGACAACUAUAGGAACUAACAAGCAGGUCUGUUGUACAUUGGAGAUUGGAAGAAAUCUUCAAUAAUAUAUAAAAUUUAAUUAAGUCA